CUUCCAGUGAACACUAAUGUGCGUCGUUACCGGCUAGUCAGCUAUCAGGGGCGCGAUGAUUCACUUAAAACGUGUCCCACAUAAAUUCUGGACAGACUCUAAAGGACCCAAAGCGUGUGAGGUUCAGUCCUACCAAUGAGACAAAGCCAGAGUGAGGGCGACAUGGCCCAGGCCAGCAGCGUGCGGCGCUGGACGCCCAAGCAGGUGGCCCGCUGGCUGCGGGAGGAGGGCUUCUGCGACUACGUGGACCUGCUGUGCAACAAGCACCGGCUGGACGGCCUGAGCCUGCUGACGCUGAGCGAGUACGACCUGCGCUCGCCGCCGCUGGAGAUCAAGGUGCUCGGGGACAUCAAGCGGCUCAUGGUGUCGCUACGGCGACUGCAGAAGCAGAACGCCGACAUUCUGGAAGAGAUGGGCCUGUCGUGCGACGGACACUCUCCGCUGGGUAGCGGCGGCGGCGGCAUAGGCGGCUCCAGCGACUGGCUGUGCAACGGGGACGCGGGGAGGGAGUAUGACGGUUCGCCGGGGAACGGCAGCGGUAUGGGCGGAGGUGGCGGCGGGUCGGACUACCAAUACCACCAGUGCCACCAGUACAGCAACGGGAAACACAAGCAGCUGUCGCGGCGGCUGGACCCGGAGUACUGGAAGACUAUUGUCAGCGCCGUCUACGUCAUGUUUGUGUUUGGGUUCACCUCCUUCGUCAUGGUGAUCGUGCACGAGAGGGUGCCGGACAUGCGCACCUACCCGCCACUGCCCGAUAUAUUUCUAGACAGUGUUCCGAGGAUCCCCUGGGCAUUUGCCAUGGCCGAGGCAUGUGGCGUUAUCCUCUGCAACAUCUGGCUACUGGUCCUGCUGCUACAUAAACACAGGUCUAUCCUCCUUCGGCGUCUCUGUAGCCUGAUGGGCACAGUCUUCAUGCUGCGCUGCAUCACCAUGUUCGUUACCUCCCUCUCUGUGCCUGGGCAGCAUCUACAGUGCUCAGGAAAGAUCUACGGUGACAUGUGGGCGAAGCUGUCGCGUGCGGUGGCGAUCUGGAGCGGCUUCGGCAUGACGCUGACGGGCGUCCACACCUGUGGAGACUACAUGUUUAGCGGACACACCGUCGUGCUCACCAUGCUCAACUUCUUCGUCACUGAAUACACCCCGAGGAACUGGAACUUCAUCCACACCAUGUCGUGGGUGCUGAACCUGUUUGGCAUCUUCUUCAUCCUGGCGGCGCACGAGCACUACUCCAUCGACGUCUUCAUCGCGUUCUACAUCACCACGCGCCUCUUCCUCUACUACCACACGCUGGCCAACACGCGCGCCUACCAGCAGAGCCGCCGCGCCCGCAUCUGGUUCCCCAUGUUCUCCUUCUUCGAGUGCAACGUCAACGGGCCCGUGCCCAACGAGUACUGCUGGCCCUUCGCCCGGCCCACCUUCAUCAAGAGGAUGAUAGGGUAGAGAGAGAGAGAG